AUGGCAGAAAUUGCGUGCACGGCAUAUUUGCAUGCAAUGAGUCCCUUAAAUAUUGUAUCGGCCUUUAGAAAGACGGGAAUAUACCCCUUUAACCAACAGGAGAUUCAGGCUGAAAAAUUGUUCCCAUGUGAGACUUUCAGGGAAGACACGCCCUUACAGAAGGUGAUUGCAAUGAAAACUGGUAAAGAGGCAGUUGAUAAAUACUUCGAAGACAAGUACAACCGUAGAAGUUCUAGCCCUAUGUCACCAAAGACAGGUGUUCAAGUAUCCAAAUGCACUUGCAAAAAGGCCAUAUUGAAACCUAAACCCAGUGGAAAACAAAUAACCGAGGCCACUUUCUUGCAACAGCUGUACGAAUACGAGCAUGCAAAAGAAACCCGUACUGGCACAACUGCAACGAAUCCGAAGAGUCCCCAACCAUCGACAAGUGGAAUUCACAACAACUCCAUUGAAAUUGCUUUAAGCGAUAAUGACAUUUCCGAUGAAGACUCUGAGUUAACGCAAGGUUUAAAAAUGGCUGCUAUAGCUGUUCUGCCAUUUAGGAAACCAAAGGAAUUUCGACUGUCACAUCAUCUUGAUGAAUUAACUAGUGAAGAGUUUAUUGCACGUUAUCGUUUUUCUAAGAAUGGAGUCUCUUUCUUGGAAAAUCUUCUUAAGGACGAUUUGCAACGGCAAACAAACAGAAACCAUGCGCUGACAUCAAUCCAACAAAUCCUCAUAACAUUGAGAUUUUUUGGUACUGGUGCAUUUUAUUCAGUCAUUGGAGACACUCUAGGAUUCCACAAAUGUACGGUAUCUAGAGUUGUUGAAAAUGUAACGGAUGCCAUCAUCAAGCACUUGCACGAGUUCGUUGUGUGGCCAUCACCAGCGGAGAAGGAAAGAGUUAAACAAGGCUUUUAUGCAGUUGCUGGAUUCCCGAAUGUAAUUGGCUGCAUAGAUGGAACACACAUCCGCAUUCAGGCACCUCAUGAUGAUGAAGCUUCAUAUGUCAAUCGGAAAGGCUUUCACAGCAUAAAUGUCCAAGCUGUCUGUGAUCAUCAAGGGAAAUUUACAAGUGUCAAUGCCAGUUGGCCAGGGUCAUGCCAUGACAGCCACAUCUUCAGGACGUCGGGUCUUUGUGCAAAGCUGGAGCGGGAGCAUACAAACUUUGCAGAUGGUGUGCUGUUAGGAGAUAGUGGUUACCAAUGUAAAGUGUAUAUGAUGACUCCUUUCCUGGCGACGGAUUCUGUGGCAAAGGAAAGGUAUCAGCAGGCCCAAACCCGGACACGUGCAGUCAUUGAAAGAAGCUUUGGGAGACUCAAGCGUAGAUUUGCUGUUCUACACUCUGAGGUUAGAUUGAAGCCUGCAAAGAUUUGCAAGAUAACAACAGCAUGUGUGAUACUGUACAAUAUUUGCAUCAAACUCAAUGAGCCUGACAUUGGGGAUUCUGAUGAAAAUCAAGACAAUAAUGAUGCAGUAUUCAAUCUUGCGAUGAACGGGAAUGGAAGCGGGACACACAUACGUGAAUACAUUGUGAAUAGAUAUUUCACAUAAUGGAAAAAAAUUGUUUCUCAAAUUUAUGUAAGGACA